AUGGCAACCCCCACUAUUCCUAUCACCCCGCGUACGCUAACCCUCUCGCCUGAGGAAGCCACCGUCCGCAAACUCUUUGUUGACGUCGCGCAAGAAAUCGAUAAGGACAAGCCCAAGGAUGACCGCCUGGUUUUACGCUUCACCGGCGGCUGGGUCCGCGACAAGCUCCUAGGUACCCGAAGCGUGGACAUUGACGUGGGGGUAAACAAUAUGAGUGGGUACGAUUUCGCAACUCGGCUGUCCGAGUACAUGAAUGCAAACAGAGACGAGCCCAGCUCUAAACCGUGCAGGGUGAGCAAGAUCGAGAGCAACCCCGAGAAGUCCAAGCAUCUGGAGACUGCUACUGCAAAGGUUCUAGGAUUGGAUAUCGACUUUGUCAAUCUGAGGAGUGAGACGUAUUCUGGAGAUAGUCGGAUCCCACAUAUGGAAUUCGGAACCCCAGAAAAAGAUGCCCUCCGCCGCGACUGCACUAUCAAUGCCCUCUUUUACAACCUGCACACUGAACAGGUGGAGGACUUCACAGGCCUCGGCCUGCAGGACUUGACCGCCCGCCUAAUCCGCACCCCUCUACCCCCGAGAGAAACCUUCACCGAUGACCCCCUCCGCGUCCUCCGCUUAAUCCGCUUUUCCUCACGACUCGGCUUUACUAUAGUUCCUGAAGUCAAAGCCGCCAUGAAACUCCCGGAAAUCAAGGCAUCCAAAAUCUCCCGCGAGCGCGUCGGCAUUGAGAUUGAAAAAAUGUUCAAAGGCUGCAAUCCCCAUGCCUCCCUGAGCCUAAUCCACGAGCUGGACCUCUACAACGAGAUAUUCGCCCCACCGAUCCAAGACCUCCCCGUCCUCCCAGUGCAAGAUAUGAAGAUAGCCGCCGAUAUUGUGCGCCGCCGACUCUUCGAACACGCCCAUUCGCGCCCGCGCAUUUCCAAGCUCUUGAUGACUACUCCCGAAAGGUACCUUGCGUGGCUAAUCGCCGCCGCGAGCCCCUGGAAAAACCAACCUGUGUUCCCAGCCGACAAGAAGAAAGCGCCCGCCGCCGCCACAGCCAUAAAAGAAGGUUUAAAGUGUCCCAACCACGUCAGCGGGACAAUAGCGAAAGCAUUCACAAACCGGAGGGCCAUCCAGAACAUGGUCACCAACGUGGAGCACUGGGGCAGGAGCAAAACGGGCAUGGAAAUGCACGCUUUGGGUGCCGACUGGAAGAAUCAGGUUGGCGCUUGCUUGAUGUUCGAACUCAUGGACUCGGAGGAGAAGAAUGCUAGCGAUGAUGAGGUGGAGGGAGUAAUGGAUAAAUACGAAACCUUUCUAAAAACCAUUGCGGAGAGGGACCUGGAGGAGGCUUAUACUAUUAAGAGUUUGUUGAAUGGCCAAGACAUAGCAGCAGAAUACGCCCUCCUCCCAGGACCUUGGAUGGCGCCUACCAUUAAGGCAUCCCUCCAACACCAACUCGAUAAUCCACAUAAACCCAAGGAUGAGCUACUGCAGUGGGUUCGCGAGAACCGGCAGGUGCUGUUGGAUGGGCUGGAGUAUGUCGGUGUUGGCGAGGGGAAGAGGAAGAAAAGGUGA